UCCACCAUAACUAUUGUCUCCUAGCUCUGCCAUCUGCCAACUUCUCAGCUUCCUCCGUUCUCUUUCUCUGUUCCCCAACACUCCCUCAAUCCUCUGAUCAUCCAACAAAAAACAAAAUCAUGGGUGAUGACGGGUCUCCUUCUGUCCUCAGACACAACAUCAUCGAGCUUGAGCUCAAGUUAGAAGAGGAAAAGGAUAGAUACAGAGAUCUCAAGUCUCAUUUGAAGCUCUCAAAGCUUGCUGCAAGCCAAGAAAUUGACAAUCAAAGGAGGGUGUGUCUCAUGCAAAGAGAAGUCAUGGCUCGGCUACAGGAAGACAACAAAACUCUAAGAGAAAGAGAGGCCCGGGAUCAAGAAACCCUAAAGUGCCUGUUGGAAGAAAUGGCGAAGAAAGACAGAGAUUUCAGAGAGAAGCUUUUGGAGUUUGAAUGCGGGGAGAAGAGGGCACAAUGUGAGGUUCUUGAGUGGAAGAGUAAGUAUUGUGAGCUCGAAGCUCGGGUGUCGAGGCUCAUAGGUGAGACAGUUGCAGGUUUCGAGAGGAAAGAGAGGGAGAUUCAAGAGAAAAUUUUCGAGCUUGCGGAGGAGAAUAGGAACCUCAAGAUUCGGGCGUUGAUGGUUUCAGAAGGAAAUUGCUAUUAUGAUUUCAAGGGAAAAGAGAUUAAUGUAGAGGAAAAUCCCCGUCCCAUAGAGAAGGAAAAGGAGCGCACAAGUGAAAUUGGUGAGGAGGAUGAAGAUGAGGUUCCUCUUAGCCAUCUAAUCAAGAAGAGACUCGCAGAUGCUUCUCAUUCUUCAAAAGAAUUCUUUGCUUCCCAGAAACCAAGUGAACCUGGAAGGAAUGGAGGAAAGAGAGUCCCUUCUGGAGGGGAAGAUGUGCAUACUCCAUUAGAGUCCGCAAUCAAACAACAACAGGAAAGUAAUAUAGUCUCCAAUUCGAGGAAAACGUUUAAAUUGACAGAUCUGAGUUCCUCAGUAUCAGCAAGAAAUCCAGGGUCUACUGGCUUCAAUGGCGUUGUUCAAAGAGGAGAUCAAAGUUACAGCAAAAGCACGGGCAAUCCUCGGGUAUAUACUGGACGAACUCCAACUUUAGAACAACCUAAGCAUGCAGAAAAGAGAGCACAGGUACUUCAGAGAAGUCUGAGGACCCCUUCAUUCAUUAGAUCUAUGGCCUUGUCACACGUCUCCAGUUGUUUCUGGAUUAGUCUUCCUACAAAGUUCUGCAAGGAGAAUCUCCCUGCUCUUGAUCUUAAAAUGAUAUUGGAAGACGAGAGGGGUUCAGAGUAUGCGGUCAACUAUUUUGGUAGUAGAACUGCUUUUAGUGGUGGGUGGCGAGGUUUUGCUUUGGCUCAUACGUUGGAAUUGGGCGACACAUUAGUAUUUGAAUUACUCGAGCCAACAAGAUUUAAGAUUUACAUCAUAAAAGCAAUUUCACAGGAGACAUGCGAAGAAUUUGAUCACAGGAUUACUGGUUGAUAUGUUGAUGAUAUUGGAAAAUUGACAAAUGCCAAUAGUCAUGAAGAUCAAGAUGUAUAAUUUAUGCUUACCUAUAUGAAAGUUUUCUUAAGUUGGUUCUUUUCUCAAAUCAUUUUUGUAAAUAUAUAUAAGAGUUAUUAUCUACUAAAGUGAAGAUGUUUCUGAAGAUAUCGCAAAUAUAGUUAGGCCCAUCCCUUUUCUUCAAA